CUCCUCAUUUCACAGGACCCUCUUGUUUGUGCUGGCUGAAGGUAAAGGCUCCCCAGAAGCAAAUGGAACUAGGCCGAUCUUCACCAGCUUGUCGGGAGUCUGGCCCCCAGGUUUACUUUAUAUUAAAAGGUUUCUCUAUUGCAUGUGUCACUUGCUUAUGGACCCUCAUCUGGGACAAGAUAUUUGAUACUGCAUUUUAUGGGACAAGCAAUUCUUAAAAGGAGAAGACACAUAUAGGAAAGGAUGUUUCAUUUAAUCAAAGGAGUUAAAAAAUGUUAUGGUCCUUCUGUCAGUCAAAUGCACAAAGUAACAGGAUUUCCAUUUAAAACACCCACACUCAAAAGCUUACUACCCUAUAGUGGGCAACAAUUAAAAACUUCACAUACAUUCUCUAAACUUAGUUCUGAAAAUGCAGACUCUUACAGUUACAUCAUAGUUGGAGCUGGAUCAGCAGGGUGUGUAUUAAGCAGCCGAUUGACUGAAGAUCCUCUUAGUACUGUUUUACUUUUGGAAGCAGGCCCUAAAGACACCUUUCUAGGUAGUAAAAGAUUAAUGUGGAAGAUUCAUAUGCCUGCUGCAUUAACCUAUAAUCUUUGUGAUGAAAAAUAUAAUUGGAAUUAUCACACAACACCACAAAAGCACAUGGAUAAUCGAAUUAUGUACUGGCCCAGAGGUAGAGUGUGGGGUGGCUCCUCAUCUCUCAAUGCUAUGGUGUACAUUCGGGGGCAUGCAGAAGACUACAAUCGAUGGCAUAGAGAAGGUGCUGUGGGAUGGGACUAUGAAUUUUGCUUGCCUUAUUUUAAGAAGGCACAGACUCAUGAGUUGGGUCCUAACCUGUACAGAGGUGGGACUGGACCAUUGCAUGUGUCAAGAGGAAAGACAAACCAUCCUCUUCAUCAUGCAUUCCUGGACGCAACCCAGCAGGCUGGCUAUUCUUUCACAGAUGAUAUGAAUGGUUACCAACAAGAAGGAUUUGGCUGGAUGGAUAUGACUAUACACAAAGGUCAAAGAUGGAGCACAGCUAGUGCUUACCUUCACCCCGCCAUAACACGCCCAAACUUGUCCACAGAAGAUAGAACACUUGUAACGAGAAUUUUGUUUCAAGGGACAAAAGCCAUAGGGGUUGAGUAUGUCAAGAAUGGGCAAAGGAAAAAGGCUCUUGCCAGUGAGGAAGUGAUUUUAAGUGGAGGUGCCAUAAAUUCCCCACAGCUGCUUAUGUUAUCUGGGAUUGGAAAUGCAGAUGACCUCAAAAAAUUAGGGAUUCCUGUUGUUUGUCACCUUCCUGGGGUAGGCCAGAAUCUUCAAGAUCAUUUAGAAGUGUACAUACAGCAGAAGUGCACCAAGCCUAUUACUCUCUACAAAGCACAAAAGCCUGUUAACAUGGCAAAGAUUGGUUUAGAAUGGCUUUGGAAAUUUACAGGAGAUGGAGCUACUGCCCACUUAGAAUCUGGUGGGUUUAUUAGAAGUCGGCCAGAUGUUCCUCAUCCAGACAUUCAGUUCCAUUUUCUUCCUUCUCAGGUGAUUGAUCAUGGACGUGUUGCUUCCAAGCUGGAAGCUUACCAGGUUCAUGUUGGACCUAUGAGGAGCGCAAGUGUGGGCUGGCUAAAGCUGAAAAGUACAGAUCCAAGGGACCAUCCUGUGAUUGAACCAAACUACUUGUCAACGGAAACAGAUGUGUGGGAAUUUCGUCAGUGUGUCAAGUUAUCCAGAGAAAUUUUUGCUCAGAAAGCUUUUGAAAAAUUCCGUGGUCCUGAAAUUCAGCCAGGAAGUCAUGUACAGUCUGACAAAGAAAUAGAUGCUUUCAUAAGACAGAAGGCUGAUAGUGCUUAUCAUCCUUCUUGUACCUGUAAAAUGGGGCAGCCAUCUGAUACAACUGCUGUGGUUGAUCCUCAGACCAAAGUAAUUGGGGUUGAAAACCUGAGAGUCGUAGAUGCCUCAAUAAUGCCAAGUGUGGUCAGUGGAAAUUUGAAUGCCCCUACCAUCAUGAUAGCAGAAAAAGCUGCUGAUAUAAUCAAGGGGUUCCCAUCACGCAGUGAGAAAAAUGUUCCUGUAUAUAAACCUCAAACCUUGGAAACUCAGCGAUGAACAAAAUGCUCACACUUAUUUGCCAGCAGUCUUGGAUGAUGACCCAAAACAUGUUCAUUUUAAGAACACUUUCACUGCAGAUUUGAGAAAACACAAAGAAGGUACCAAUGUGAGAUUUCUAAAAGUAGCUACAGCACUCGAUCCAAGGUUUAAGAAUCUGAAGUGCCUUUCAAAAUCUGAGAGGGACGAGGUGUGGAGUUUGCUUUCAGAAGACUUAAAAGAGCAACACUCGGAUACGGAAACUACAGAACCCGAACCAGCAACAAAGAAAAUCAACCUUCUGCUGGUGGCAUCUGAUUCUGAUGAUGAAAAUGAACAUGUGUCGGUCAGCUCUGCUUUGGAUCGUUAUCAAGCAGAACCCAUCAUCAGCAUGUACUUUUGUAUU